ACGGAGGGUCCUUCGAUUAUCCGGGCCGGAGGAGCGAAGCUUGUUCUCCGCGAGGCGACGGACUCCGCGUCGCGCGCGAUAUUGGCGGAACUAUCGACGCAUGCGUCCGCCGUCCUGGCUCUCCGAAGACUCGUCGGAAUUUUAGAAUCUUGUCAACAAACACGUCGCCGCGUCGUUAACCCGUUCGGCAGCGGGUGCUGGCCGUCAGCCGCGACCGCGCUCCGCAUUUCGUUCCGACCGAGGCCGGAAGUGCACCCACGCGUUGCCACCACGCGAAGCACCCGCCGCUCGCCAGCCGAGCUCCGAAGGAGCCGCCGGCGGUUUCGUCCUAGAGGCUCCCAGAGGCUCGCGGCGAGUCCUGGCGAGUCCAGAUCCUGCGGGCAUCGGCGACCAGUUUCAUGCACCCAAGCGUCGGAAGCGGUCGGAACACGCGCCCGUUCAGCCCCGAGGAGUGAAGCGACUUCGGAUUUCCUUCGGAGGCCUCUGAGAUCUUGAUGGGGCUGGCUGCCUCCUCGGUAUAAUCGAAGAGAUCCUCGCGAACCCGUGCGACACCAUGGACAAGGACAUGGGGACCGGGGCCGAGCUGUCGGCCACCGCAGCCCUGGCCGAAAGCAUCGGCUUUCAAAACAUCGACAUCGUCCUGGACGUCCCUCAACAGGUCUACUAUAGCGGGCAACGCGUCUCCGGGCACGUUCUCCUGAAUGUUAGCGAGCCAGUGAUCGUUUUGGGGAUUAGACUUAAGUACAAGGGGGAGGCUCAGGUGUAUUUCACGGAUCGAUCGGCCGGGAUCCGACGUAAGUUUUCGGCGUUCGAGAACUACCUGCACGUGGAGACCUAUCUGGCGGGCGGUAAGUACGGCGGACCGGUGAGAUCGGGAAUUGCUACACGAAGCCUGGGUGUCGGGACUAACGGAUUCUCAUCACGGGUAGAUGGUAAAGAAAAGUCGACGAUAACCGGCGGCGUCUACCCGUUCAGCCUGACGCUCCCAGAAAACCUGCCGUGCAGCUUCGAGGGCCGAUAUGGGCGAGUACGGUACUCGAUUAGAGCAUUGUUGGACGUAACGACCAUUUAUCGGUUUUCCACCAAUAUUAUUCCAUUCACGGUGGCUCCUAUUCUUGACCUUAAUCGAGAUCCCCUCGCCGUUUUGCCCUUACACAUUCAACAAUCGAAGGUCUACCUGGGACAAACCGAACCAAUCAGUAUAUCCAUGUCUCUUCCGGUUCAUGGUUAUGUUCCUGGGCAAACGAUACCGAUCAUGAUCGUCUUGACCAACCCAACCGCGAUCGUGAUCAGGAAGAUCAGAGUCGUUUUUAAAAAAGCGGUGACAUAUCAUUCGACGGAAAAGUUCCGUAAGCAUAAAGAGAUCGUAGUAGAAGUAGAACAACCUGUUAACAAAGAAUCCCACUCGUACGACAUCACGUUCGACGUUCCUGCAGUACCGCCCACAGGGAUGAUCCACUGCAGCAUCAUCGACGUUCUGUAUACACUUAAAGUCGAAGCCUGCGUAGACGUGAGCGAGUGGUACUACAGAAUGUUUCAAAAGAACUUGAAACUGCGAACAAAUAUAGUGGUCGGCACGGUGCCACUUCAAAAUUACGAGACCCCGCAAAAAACGGACGACGUGACGGGAGCUUUUUCAGCUGCUCCGCCGUGCACAUCGGCCGCGGAAGAACGCGAGAACAAUGUGCUACCGUUGGAAGCCAUCGAGGAGCGAGGAAAGGCUGCGAAUUUGUCUUCAGUGCCGCUGUACGAGAAAAGUCGGAUAUAUCGAUCCUCGAAACCGGACAGAGACGAUCCCACGGGGGAUGAAGGCGACAGCGACGGGGAGGUCGAGCCAUACUCGCCCAUGUAUCGCGUGUACUCCUUCCAACCCUCUCCGAAGAAGAGCAAUUAAGAUCGAACCGAUCGGCGAUCGACCCGCGAAAAGUCCGGCUGAACUUCCGAAAACCGGGCAAACGCGAGAACGGCGCGGAAACAGUGUUUGCGGGGAAGAAGCAAAAUUGGGAACAGAUCGAAAGAAGCUGAAAAUGUCGAUGUACAGUAAUUACUUUCUAAUUCGCGCUCAGAUUGCGCACGAGAAUGGACAAUUUCGGAAG